AUGGGCAAAGAAGGGCUGAGAUACGCGGCCAAGGUCGACCUCGAAAAGGAAGCAGGCACCCUGCCUUAUCUACAUGUGAGUGGUAAACAAGCAACAAUGACCUUGAUGGGCCAGGACCCCAAUGGUCUCCGAGGAACAUUCGGAUGGCUGAUACGACCUGUCUAGAACCGAUGGCAUCCUGACAGUAAGCUUCUCCAACCCCACUAUCUCUCUGCGCGAAUCAACCCAGACUAAUGACUACCCAAAGUCCCCGUCUACGGCAAGAUCAAGAACAACGAGACCGUCAAGAUCGAAUGCGUGGACUGGACCGGCGGCCAAAUUGGCAACAAUGACUCCGCAAACGACAUGCGUGACGUCGACCUCACCAAGAUCCACUACCUCACCGGUCCCUUCGAAAUCGAAACCGCCGAACCAGGGGAUAUCCUUCUCGUCGAGAUCCAAGACGUGCAGCCGCUCGAAAACCAGCCCUGGGGCUUCACAGGUGUCUUUGCAAAGAAGAAUGGAGGGGGUUUCUUGGACGAAAUCUACCCGGAGCCAGCAAAGGCAAUUUGGGAUUUCGAGGGCAUUCACUGCUCGAGUAGACAUAUCCCCGGCGUGCGAUUCGCUGGGUUGAUCCAUCCCGGUAUUCUGGGCUGUGCUCCCUCGGCGGAAGUACUGAAGACUUGGAAUGACCGCGAAGGAGAGUUGAUCACGGCGUGUAGCCACAUGGACCGCGAUGUCGCCAAACCUCCCGAGCCGAUGAAUGUCCACGUCGGAACAGGAGAUGCUGCCGUCAAGGAGAAAGUGGGAAGAGAAGGAGCCCGCACCAUCCCCGGCCGCCCGGAACACGGCGGAAACUGCGACAUCAAGAACCUCUCCCGCGGCAGCAAAGUCUACCUCCCCGUCCACGUCCCGGGAGCGAAAUUCUCCGUCGGAGACCUCCAUUUCUCCCAGGGAGACGGCGAAAUCUCCUUCUGCGGCGCCAUUGAAAUGGCGGGCGUCAUCACCAUCAAUUUCAAAGUCAUCAAGAAUGGAAUGAAAGAUUUGGGCCUCAAGAGUCCAAUCUAUAUCCCCGGCCCCGUGGAGCCACAGUUUGGACCGGGACGGUACAUUUACUUCGAGGGUUUCAGUGUAGAUGAGAAGGGAAAGCAACAUUACAUGGACGCUACGGUUGCGUAUCGACAGACUUGUCUGAGAGUGAUUGAGUAUCUGAGGAGAUUCGGUGAGUGUUUUGUUUGGUUUGCUGCCGCGUUUCGUUGUUCGUUGCAAUGAGGGCGGGCACGAGCUGACUAGUCUGUCACAGGUUACUCCGAUUACCAGGUCUACCUGCUCCUCUCGUGCGCGCCUGUGCAGGGACAUAUCGCGGGUAUUGUCGAUAUACCCAACGCGUGUACCACGCUCGGCGUGCCGAUUGAUAUCUUCGACUUCGACAUCUCGCCCCAAGCAAAGAUUGAGAAGAGAGAUCUGGGCGCCUGCGCCAUUGCUAGCUAG